CUUGUCCUUGGUGGCUGAUGUGCAUUCAAUUUACACCCUAGUGUUUGUAUUAGAAAUUGUAGAUUUGACGCUGAUAAAUGUUGGUUGACUGUGGCUGAAACAUGUGUUGCUGUAGGUGGAACCUUGAGCUGGGUGAUGUGAUAUAGGAAAAUAUUGAGUUUGUUAUUAUACUGUGAUAGUGUCUUUUUUUUUUUUUUUUUCCAGUCACACAAUCUGUCCCAAAAAGAAAUGCAAUAACCUGAUAUAGAGACCUAGCUUUUUGAUUGAUAAAUUAUUAUAGGAUCAAUUGCUGAAAACAGUGGCUGUGGGCAGCAACUGAGGGGGGGGCGCGGAGAAAAAACAAUGAUGCCAUGGAGUAACCAAUAAGUAAAACAAAAUUUUGGCCAGUAUCGCUCAGCUCUACUUGUACCAUUUCUCCAUCCCUUACCACUGAACGGAGUCUAUCCUCCUCCUUAACUUGCACAUCUUUAAAUUAAACUUUUUGUUUCAGCUUUUGUCUUUGAGUUGUACACGCCCAUCCGCACCCAUUCAUCUUGACUUCAUCAGUAUUUACUAUUGUUCUGACCUCAGUGAGCCCCUCUGGGUUUUCUGGUCUGAUUAACAUAACGUUUCAGCUUCUGUUUUUAAUCAUCUUGCAAAUAGAUUAGCAGACAGUGUACGCCACUCCUCACAGCACUUAACAGUUAUUGUUCACCAACUGAACAGUAGGCAUAGGAGAUUUCAUAUCAGUACAUGUCACAAUUAUAUUUGUGUGCACCAGAGCCACCAAUGACUUAAAAAAUAUCUUGGGUUACCAUUUGAUGGAUUGAAAAGUUACAUGUGAAUAUGUGAUGGGGAAAUGGCUUACUGAUGGAAAGGAUAUAAAUGUCUUAAUUUGAAUACUGUAAAAUAACUAUUUGAUUGUUAAAUAUCUUGUGAUCUAUUGAUGUCUUAUUCCGUUUAUUAUUUUUAUUUAAAAUGAUUGUCAAUUUAAAGGUAAAAGAUUUAACAAAGAACCUCAAUGUUUUAAUUGAAAGAGUCCUUUGCUGACUGCCUGCCCCUAUUGCUGGCCAUGGUGUCCCCCCUUUCCAAGAGUGUGGUUUGACCAUUCUGGGCCCCUGGGCAGACCAAAAAAGGGAGCCAUUGUGAAUGAAGACCGCUUUUCCCAUUAGGCCCAGGCCGGGUGGUGAGGAUGCCAUGGGGGUUAGGAACAGAUGUGGAUAUGGGCGGUGGGGAAGAGACAGAUAUGGUCCACCUAUACGGACAGAUUAUCGGCUCAUUGUUGAGAAUCUUUCCAGCCGCUGCAGCUGGCAGGACUUGAAGGACUACAUGAGGCAGGCAGGGGAGGUGACUUACGCUGACACCCACAAGGGCCGGAAAAAUGAGGGUGUGAUAGAGUUCAGGCUCUACUCUGACAUGAAGAGGGCCCUGGAGAAGCUCGAUGGCACAGAAGUGAACGGUAGAAAGAUCCGGCUCAUUGAGGACCGGCCUGGAGCCAGACGCAAACGUUCUUAUUCUCGCAGUCGCAGCCAUUCCAGGUCCCGCUCCAGGAGCCGCAGGUCUCGCAAGAGCCGCAGCCGCAGUGAGAGCAGCAGCCGCAGCCGCUCCCGCUCCAGAGCGGCGUCCAACUCCCGCAGCCGAUCUCGUAGCAAGAAGAAUAAGGUCAAGAGCAAAAAGGAGGAGGAAGAGCGCAGCAACGGCGCUCCGAAGAACAAGGACCGUAGCAGGAGUCGCAGCCCCAAGAGCAAAAAGGGCAAGAAAGACGGGAAGAAGAACAAGAAGGACGACUCCAGGUCCAGAUCUCGCUCUCGCUCCAGGUCUCGCUCUAGAUCAGGGAUUAAGGAUCGCUCUAGAAAAUCUGGCUCAAAGGGCCGCGCGCAGCCCAAGAGCGACGACGAGGGUGCCGAGCCUCAAAGGGGCUCUCGCUCCCGUUCACGCUCUCCUGCUGAAUCCAAAUCCAGAGCCAGGUCUAAAUCAAAGUCCAAAUCACGUUCCCCCUCACCUGCCAAAGCCCGCUCCCACUCCCGAUCCGCCUCCCGUUCAGAGUCCCGCUCCAAAUCCCGCUCCCAGUCUCGUUCUCGCUCCCGUUCCCGUUCUUAAUUCAGAUUUUUGGACCGUUUGUCAUGAGCCCUUAUCCCUGUGUCUCCCUCUGCCCUCCAUUUACAUUCCCCUAAAACCCCACAACACUACCCCUGCCUCCUGUUUUUUGAUAAAUAGCUGUAGAAUACCAGGCACUCGUGCUCAAUGUCUUUUAUGCACACGCUACUCCAUUUCAUUUGACUUUUACUCUACAUCUUUUUUCAUUAGAGCUGUCUUGUAUGAGGGUGUUUGUAAAAUAACAGGGUGCAAUCUCAGUUUUAUAAGUUUAAAUGAUGGUAUGGUAUGUGUCUUAGCCUUUUUUUAAUCAAAUGUAGAAGCAUACUGUUGUCAAAAUGCUGGGUGGGAAUAUGUUGUAACGUCUCACCUUUUGUGAAGUCCUUGUAUCAUUUUAUUUCAGAUUAAAAAUGCCUGUUCUACA